CUACACCGUUCACAACAGGACACGAAUCGAAAGGAACCCCAUACCAUGCCCAUACACUGGGACUGGGAUUGGGAGCACGAGCACGAGCACGAACACGGCGGAGCUCCUUUUCACUGGCCGCCGAGGAGGCAUUGGUCAACGGGCGAGCCGAAAUGCCGCCAGCGUCGCUACCAUCUCUCCCACGACAUGGACGUGUGCGCUCGGGAUUUCCAUCUGAGGGUGGACGACAGCGCCUGGUGUCACGGCUCGUGCCUGGUGGGCCGUGUGGUCAUUGAGACGGGCACAGAGCCUGACUCGCUGGGUCGGGGUACAUUCAAGGUGGUCUUGGACGUGCAUCACUUCCAGUUGGCAGAGCUCACGGUGAAAGCCAAGAACAGCGACACCAUCUGCGUGGAGGGCAAGCAGGCGGACGAUCGAGCCGAUAAGGGGCAGCUGUGCAUUACACGCGAGUUUACGCGAUGCUACAAGCUGCCCCGGCACUACGAUGCCACACAGGCGCGUGCCACAUUCUCGGCGGACGGCAUACUUAUGGUAACGGUGCCAGCACCACCCAAACUGGACGACGUGGAGCGUGUGGUGGACAUUGAGCCCACUGGCAACUACUUUGGCAGCAUUGCGGAUCCCAGUGCAUCCAAGGCCAUUGAGCAGCAGGCAAUUGACGAUUCAGCUGAUGGUGGCGAGGCUAAUCCUGCUGGCACAGCGACGGACAAAUGAAGCUGGCGACGUCUGGCGGUCGCGCGUACAUGGCGCCCACUCUGCAAGUGGAAGAAGCGUCUCCUGGGACGCGUGAAGACCGUCAGAGGCGGUCGUUGGACUUGAAUGAAGAAAAACACAAGUAUGACGAGCAUUUGGAUGUAAUAGAUGU